UGCCCCUCUCCACGUUUCAGUAAGUGUGCCAGAGUGUACAAACACGUCCUUAGGUAAAGAUGGCGUCCAACGCAGUCAGCGACAUUGCCGACGAGUUUCUCGUCUGCCAGGUCUGUCUGGAGGACUUCAGGCAGCCUAAGAUGCUGCCGUGUCUUCACACCUUCUGCCAGCCGUGUUUGGAGAGGCUCCUGGCCGCAGAGCCGGUAGGGAAACUGGACUGUCCGACAUGCCGACAGGACGUGCCCCUCCCCGAGAAUGGCGUCCAGGGGCUGAAGUCCAACUUCCUCGUCGGCAAACUGCGCGACAUUCUGCAACAACAACAACAGCCGGCAGGAAAAACGUCCGAGGCGCGGGAGGACGGAGUCCCCUGUACGGUCUGUGAGGCCGGCAACUCGGCCCAGUUUUACUGCGUGGAGUGUACCGACUACCUGUGUCACACGUGUGACGACAUGCACCGUCGCUUCAAAGGGAACCGGUCCCACAAACUUGUAACGGUUCAAGACCUGCAAUCCGGCCAAGCUGCCGCCGAGCUCCGGGCAAGGGAGACCUCCAAGUGUGAGGUUCACCGCGAACUGAACAAGUUCUACUGUGACACCUGCCAGCGGGUCAUCUGUCUGCACUGCGUGGUCACGGCGCACAAAGAGCACCAGUAUGUGGAGAUAGAGAAGGCGGCAGAGAGGGAGGGUGCAAAGAUCAAGGCAAAAGUGACGACAGUCAAGAACACAGCAGGCCUGCAUGAGACGUGGAGACAACAGUUGCAGUCAGUGAGGGACAAGUGGCCUUCAGAGGUACGGCGUACAGAAGAACAGGUCAGAAAACAAGUCAAGGCGAUCAUCGAGGCCGCGGAGAAGGCUGGAGACGACAGAAUCGGCCAGCUUCGCGCCAUGAAUGCUGCUCGGGAGAAACAGAUGGACGCCGCCAUGGAGGCAGCUGAGAUGGACCUGGCCUCGGCCAGGAGCUGUGUCCAGUUCGCGGACAACGUGUUGGAGUACGGCAGCCCGGCGGAGGUCAUCUCGGUGGCCGGAGAACUGACCGGACGGUUGGACCGAACCGCGGAGGACAAAAGCGCCGAGAGGGCGGAACUGACCAUGAACUUCGUGAACUUGACCUUUGACCCUCCAGCUGGCGGGCUGGAGCAGGAAGUCGCUAAACUUGUAGGUGGGAUAAACCAGGUGAGAACACCUUUGAUCCCACCGACUCCGCAGGUGCGACUGAACGUGGCGAUCGGUAAUGGCGACGUGAGUCUAGAACACGUCAAAACUGUAGGGGAGUACGGCAGUGGAGAUGGAGAGUUUGACUAUCCGUCCUCGCUCGCUGUCACCGCAGAGGGAGACAUUGUCGUGACUGAUUGGGACAACUCACGCCUGCAGUUUCUGGACAAAGAUGGAUCCUUUAAAAAGAAGAUUGAUCUGGGGUUCAAGCCUUGUUGUGUGGUGGCACUGACAAACGGCGAGCUGUUUGUGACAGGAGACGGACACAAGAUUCACGUUCUGGACAAACAGGGGAGGAAGUCGCGCGUCAUCCAGGUGACAGGGGCUGCAGAGACAGAUAGAAGUACAUACGGCGUCGCUGUUGACGGUUCGGGACGCAUCAUCGUCACUAUCGGGCACCAAGUGUUUGCACUCAGUCCCAGCGGUGACGUCAUGCUGAAGUUCGGGGAGAAAGGUCAAGGUCAGCAGUUGGGUUCCGCCCUCCGUGUGACCGUCAACAGCAGCAACCAGAUCAUCGUCAGUGACUAUCACAACCACAACUUGAAGAUAUUUGACUCCGCCGGUCGUCAUCUCUUCACGUUUGGGUCAUAUGGCGUGGGACCUGGUCAGCUGGACGAGCCCUACUGUGUCAUCACGGACAGCGAGGACAACAUCAUCGUGGCCGACUGGCACAACCAUCACGUUUCCCUGUCCAGUCGGGACGGCGCGUUUAUCAGGCACGUGCUGACAGGGGAGGAACACGGACUGUAUUUUCCAAUGGGACUGACGCUGACUCACGACGGACAUUUGGUCGUUUCUGAAGCUAGUAAUUCUAUCAAGUUUUUCCAAGUAAAAUGAAAACUUUCAAUUAACAACUUCCUAACUCCCUCUAUUCCAUGUAAGUGGAAUUGUACUUGGGACUCAUAACGGAUAAUUGUUUUUUUCUCAAUGUAGUUC